UGUUCUGGUUUUGUCGAGUUAGAACUUCAAUCACAGGUGGCGGAUUAUCAAUGAUUAUACCGCCUGAUACAAAGUCUGUGUAUCAAACUUUUACCUGAGUUAGUCCGAGGACAAUUUAUCAUGUCACGGAUUAAAGUUGUCACUAAACAGGGUUUUAAGGACUUCGGGACUGUGGUGCGGAGCCACAUAGGCCCAAUAUAUAAAAUAGAAACCCUUGUUCCUCCCUCGGUUCCUCCUCAAUCGUCGACGGCCCAGUCAUCACGCCGCUGCUCUCUUGAUUCGUUUCAGCAGCUGAACCCCAGUUUUUUUUUUUGGCUUGAUUUGCUUCUUUUACUGCUUUUGUUUUUUGAUUUGCUUCUGUAUAAUACUGCUCGCCAUUGAUUUAUUGCUCAUGCCGCUCGUUUUCUCUUCUGUUAUUAUACUGUCUUCUGAUUAAUUCAGGAAAAAUCCCUAGUGCGAAUCAUGAUAAUAUAUUAACAAAUGGUUCCAACUUGAUGCAAUCCAUUCUAUAUUUGUGUACAGUUUUUCUUCCCAUGCUUUGAUGAGUGCAUUUUUGUUGCUACUCGAGCAAGUACAACAUCUGAAGCAACAACCAAUUCAAAAUUCAAAACCUAAUAAAUAAACUAAUUAGUAUGUUUUCAGAUUGGUUAGACUACAACCUUUGUUCACAGAACCCUCUGCAGGUUCUCCUCAUCAGGCUCUACUACCUCUGUAUUGAUUGUUACUUUCUUGUUCUUGUUUCAUACAUACAUAUGUUUGCCAAAAUUCAAAUAGGUCUUGUGCAUCAUGUCUUUUCGGUGCCUCAUAUGUCUUUUAUACCUGCUAUUAUCUCAUCACUAAGCUGCUUGUUAUUUUCUAUCUUCAGAAGCAAAAUUGUAAUGGAAGAUGCUAACCAGUCGGGAUUCAAGCUUCCACCAGAAUUUCAGGAGGAUGCAAGAGCUCCACUAAUUGAACUAAAUUCUACAGAUUCUACUGAGCUGUGGCUCAUACAAUGGCCUAAAGAUCAAAUUCCUGAUUUUGAUGGGCAACAGCUCUUGUUGGACCUUCAUCAACAUGAUGGGCACUUGGGCACUGUUGAAGGUUCAUCUGGAAAGUCGUAUGAUGUUGUCAGCCUUGCUACACAGGAACCAAAAGCCACGGUCUUUCUAUCUGCUGCAGCAGAUUCAAAAGUUGUUGGUAAGAUUACAAGGCGAGUGUCGUUUGUUCAUUAUAUGGAGCCUGGAGAAGUUCCAAAAGACGAUACCAAGAAACUAAAACAGCUGUACGAAAUGUCUUCUUUUGCAACUUCAUUGACCAACUCUGCUAAUCAUUUUGCAACUCCCACGAAGAGUACGAGAUCAAGACACUUAAGUCAUAGCAGUGGGCAUAAAAGUUCUCUAUCUGAAGAAAAGGUUCGGUCCACUGAUUCAAGACCCAGCAGCAGGUCUUCUCUGGACUCGGGCAGCCGUGGUCACGAGCCUGUAGACUUGGUCUCGGAACAUUCUCAAGAGAAGAAAGCAAAGAAAGCAAAGAAGAGAAAGAAACAUGUGGCUUGAGAUAUGUUAUUUGUCAACUUCUGUUAAUUUUGUUUUAAUUUGUUGGGAUCAAAUUGGAAUACCAAAUUUUGAUGGUGGAAAUCUCUUAAUCUUGUGCUCAAGUUUAUAAACUCAAAUUAUGGAGAGCAUGAUAUAUUUGCAGUGAGUUGCCAAAAAAGUUUUGGAUUUGUCUUUUUGUUUGAUA